GGCGUUAAAAGCAGCCCGGAAGUCCCGCCUCCCGGCAGUGGACUGGCCCGUCUGCGCCUCUGAAGUCUAUGGCAGAGAGCCCAGCCCGCUUCCUGUCCUGGGUGAAACAGAAACCUUCAAGCUCCAUGCAGAUAUAUAAAGAGCUACUGAAGCUUGAAGAUGUCUGAAGAAAAUGAAAAGGUUAACCUGCGUCGCCUUGAGCCAGCUAUCCAGAAGUUUAUUAAAGUUGCAGUUCCAACAGAUCUGGAGAGGUUAAGAAAACAUCAGAUAAAUAUUGAGAAGUAUCAGAGAUGCAGACUGUGGGACAGGUUACAUCAAGAGCACAUCAAUGCUGGCCGUACCGUUCAGCAGUUGCGAGCAAAUAUCCGAGAGAUGGAGAAACUUUGUUUACGUGUCCGGAAAGAAGAUCUCCAUGCUUUGCAGAGAAUGAUCAAUCCGGUGAAAGAGCAGGCUUCUGUUGCCAUAAAGGAAUUUCUACAACUCCAUUUGGAGUCUGCCGAAGAACUUAAAAAGCAAUUCAGCGAGAGAGAGGCAUCGCUCCAGUCUCCUUUAACCAGAUCAACCACCGUGGGAGGAGAAACGUUUCAUGAUGCUGGAGAUGAAGGAACCUCUCAGAGUUUCAUCCAGAUGUUCUCCCCACUUCCUGAGAUCCCCCAGGAUCAAAAUGCUGCGGAAUCCUGGGAUAUGCUGGAAGAGGACUUGAUUGGGCUCAGCAAUCUGGUGACUGACUUCUCUCUGCUUGUUAAUGCUCAGCAGGAGAAGAUUGACAGGAUUGAAGAUAAUGUCAGCACUGCCACUGUAAAUGUUGAAGAGGGUACUAGGAAUUUGUCCAAGGCUGCAAAAUACAAGCUGGCAGCUUUGCCUGUUGCCGGGGCCCUUAUAGGUGGCAUUGUGGGAGGCCCUAUUGGACUCCUGGCCGGUUUCAAAGUGGCAGGCAUCGCGGCUGCUCUUGGUGGCGGCGUGUUAGGCUUCACAGGUGGGAAACUGAUACAGAAGAAGAAGCAAAAAAUGAUUGAAGACCUCUCCUGCUCCUCCAGCUGCCCAGACCUUCCUAGACAAAGUAGCUGAAGACUGCCUUUGCGGCCCCACUUGCCUCAGGGAAGCUGGUGAACCGUCUGCCUUUGCUUUGGAUUGAACUUGUGCCUGUGUGGACUGAAGUGAGCCCUGGCACUUUACGCGUUUGGGGCAUGGAGAGGAGGAUCCUGAGAGCCUCUCUCGUGUUUGGACGGAGGGCGAUAGUCCCGUAAUUCUGAAAACUGAGCCUACAAGAAGAGGAAAGGGUAGCCAAAAAGAGCAUGCCAAAUGAACACCUUCAAAUUUUUUGCUCAUGCCAGAGUCACAAGACACCUUUUCUUGUUCAAGUGGAAGGGAUGCUAAGACAAUAUUUUAAGACGUCAGCAGUUUAGUGCCUGGACAGCUCCACCUUCCUCCAAUGCUUUAUUCUGUUUAAGCGUGCAGAUAUCACCUUCAGGCUUCUCUGUGGUUAAAUACUUAGGCUAAGUUUGAAGUUCACGGUUGACUUUUUUAUAUACCUGCCUGUUUGGCUCAGGUGAAGUAAGUGGCCACGAUCCUCUCUGGCCAGACACUACAUUCUUUGGAUUUUAUAAAAGCAGAGUUCCACAAAUCUUAAUUUGCAGGCUUUAAGUCAGGAGUCCGUCUCUAUCUCUUUUUAAAAAGUAUUAUAUUGAGGGAAAUCAGAACUGUGCUUUGUGAAUGGAUUUUCACAAUGUUUUGGCUUGCUUUCAAAAAUACCUUGUACCAGCAUAGCCCAGAAUUGGAGGACUUUAUUUAGGCCAAACCUCUUUUUGUAUGCAUAUUUGACAGAACAUGGAUUUAUUUUCUCUAGAUCCCUUUUCCCCUUUGCCACAUCAACUAAAUGAUGAUAGGAGAGAAUUAAAGGUCAGCUAAAGAUCAUGCCUUGCUGUGCCAGAUUUCUGCUGACGGUUAGAUUUUUGCUGGAUAUUGGGAUUUCUGAAAAACUCGCAACAUUUCUAAGAAAAGUUUUGUACAUGUUAAAAAUUAGUCUCAUUUUCCUUUUGCACAAAAAAGCACACUGCAACCGAAGAUGAUUUCUGUGUACCGAGUCCCAUCUGGAGAUGGUCUUGAGUUACAGGAUUGGUCUGCUUGAAGUAGCAUGGCUGGCUCUCCUAAAAGAUUGUGUCUUACCUGGAUGCCAAGUCCUGCUGACUCUUUGUUCCUCUGAUAUUGGGCUUGGAACUUUAGGGGCCAUGCCCAGCCCAUAAAGAGUGGCAUAGAAGAAAUUUGGAUGCGAAUGGUCCACGAUUAGUGGUCAUUGUAUCGUGUAUGCAACAAGGAGAAUCCUCAGCUGAACAUUUUGGACCAAUCCACCUAAACUCAAAUGGGGUGAGGAGGUUCUUUUUUGGAGGGGGAGGCCUGCCCCUUAAAUGCCAUCUACCAAGCGGAGCACAAAACUUUUAUUGGGUAAUCAAAGCAGGAUUUCUUUAUGACAUGGAAAAUAAAAAUAAACUGUUUUAAAUAUA